AUGUCCCUCGUCUGGUUUAUAACCGGAACAUCCUCCGGUUUCGGAAACGAACUCGUUAAACAGGCCCUCUCGCGCGGCGACAAAGUGAUAGCUACCGCCCGUGAUGUAUCGAAGAUCGCGUCACUGAAGGAUUCCGGAGCAGCCGUGAUGAGUUUAGACGUGACUGCAUCGCAGUCAGAUCUGGAUCGGAAAGCCGUCGAAGCUAUUGGUACCUACGGACACAUCGAUGUAUUAGUGAAUAAUGCGGCGUAUACACAAUUCGGCACGCUUGAAGACCUGGGUAAUGAAUAUUCCACGCAAUUCAAUACAAACGUCAUCGGGACGACCAACACCACAAAGGCAUUUUUGCCUCAUUUUCGACAGAGAAGGAAUGGGAUUAUCGUGAAUUUUGGAUCCAUGGCGGCGUGGACGACUUAUCCCACUGUUGGAGCGUAUUCCGCAUCGAAAGCGGCGAUUCGCUAUAUCACCGAAUCUCUAAACCAGGAGAUAUCAGGCUUCGGAAUAAAAACCCUCCUCGUGGAGCCGGGAUACUUCCGAACAGAGCUCCUUGGUCAAAAUAGCAGCUAUAUCAAAACAACGAUCCCUGAUUAUAAAGAGCUCACGCAGACGACGUUCUCCGCCUUUCAAAACACCCAUGGGAAACAGGUCGGUGACCCCGUCAAAGCCGUGGCGCGGAUUCUGGACGUCGUCAAGGGCCAGAAUGGCGCCGCGGGGAGGGAGUGGCCGAAUGAGCUGGUGCUCGGGUCGGAUGCUGUCGAAACGGUGAAGAAGAAAUGUCAGGAUAUGUUGAGGAAGUUGGAGGAGUGGGAGGAGUUUUCCACAGGGACAGAUAUUUCUUGA